AUGGACAACGGUAUUACAUUCUCCAGUCCUGCCGUCCACAAAGUAACCGGAGCAAGCGCGUUGCCGACGUGCUUCCGAGGGUCGUGCGCCCAAUUCGCUGCGCGGAUAGCGCCCACAAACCGCCUGGAUUUCGGGUCCCGCAGGUCUUCCUCCACCCCGCAAUUUGCUGGCAGUCCAGAGCAGGCUCAGGCCCCGCCCACCCAGGGCCCCACCCUCCGCCCGCCCCCAAACUCAUCGGGCCCCGCCCCCUUCGCCGCUUCCGGAGCCCGCGGCGCGCUCUUAGCCCCGCCUUUCGGCCGCGUCCACCACUCACGUCUGCCGCCGCUUCCCGGCAGCGUCCCGCCCCCGCUCCGCCCCUCCCCGUCUUCCGGAGCCCGCCCCGCCGCGCCCCGCCUCUCUCCUCCCACUUUCCCCUCAGUGCUUCGCGGCGGCUCGGGCGCGCCGUCUGGUCUCCUGGGCGACGCGGCGUUUCCAGCUCCCGGCUCGAAACACUUCGCUGGACCAGACGUGCGACCCCUGAAGUCGGCCCUGCGGAUCGUCGGCGUGAGCCAGCAGCCAGCCGGUUCGGACUUGGCGAGGCGGCGCGUGAGCAGAAAUCCCAAGUUACCAAAGUACAGACAGAAAAGUAGAUUGCUAGAAUGUGAUCCAAAGGAAAAGGUUAUCAUUGAACCCAAUGAAGCAGUGUCAAAGAAAAAAGUUUCUACAAAAGUUAUUGAAAAUAAAAUCUCUCAAAAGAAAAUUGAUAAUAGAGAAUCUACAAAGAAUAUUGAAAAUAAAGACACAGAAACAAACUUACAAUCAAAACUGCGGCCAUUUUCCUUAAGAGAAAGCAAAGGUGAAAUUUGCAAAGAUGUUGUCAUAGCAGAACAGGAGAAAAAUAAUGAAUAUUCGCAUCAGGAAGCUGAUGUUAAGUUGUCUGAAUCCAUAGAUGAUGAUGAAGAUACCAGUGAUGAAGAUUAUGAAGAUGAUGGUAACUCUACUAAGGAGACUCAUGCCCCACUAGAGUUAAUGGCAGAAUUUCUGAGAGCAGAAAUGGGUCAUGACUACCAUCUGGCAAAAAAAUUAUGUCAAAUGAUCCUGAUCUAUGAACCAGAAAAUCCUGAAGCCAAGGAGUUUUUCUCAGUUAUUGAAGAAAUGUUGCAGAUGGAAAAAACUCAGAGUCCUGAGGAAGGUGAUGAAGAGAGUGAAGAGGACAGCAGCAGUGAGAGUGAAGGAGAAAGCAGCGAGGAUCCAAGCGAAGAAAGCUCUGAUGAAUGUGAGGAUGACUGACCAGACUUGCUGCUGUGCUAUAAAUGCCGUGUGUUUUCAUUACUGCAUGCAUGAAAAAUAUAAAGGAU